CGGGGCGGUGACGUCGAGCGCGAGGCGGAGGGCGGGGAGGAAGAGGAGGAGACCCGGGCGCCUCCGGGGCUGAGGCAGCCGCGUCCCGCCGAGCCUCCGCUCCUGUCCCGUCCUUCCCCACACCCCCGGCGGCUGCGGCUCGGGCAAACGAGCGCGGCUCUCCCGCGGCCGCGAUGCGCUCGGCCUGAGCGCUCCCUCGCCGCCCCGCCCGGUGUGGGCCUCUGCGGGGCAGGGGGUCGCUAUGGCUGCGGGGAACUGGCAGGAGAUGGCGGCCCAGCAGGCCGAGGAGGCAGCGGCCCGAGUGCGGGACGUCCUGUCUGGUGGCCUGGGCCUGCUGCGUGCCGAGCUGGGCCUGGAGCUGGGCCUCGACCCGCAGGGCCUGCCCACCUGGCUCGCCCUGGUGGUCCCGGUCGUGCUGGGGCUUGGGCUGCUGGGGCUGCUGCUGACCGUCGCCUGCGGAGGCGGCCUCCGUAAGAAGCCAACGCGGAGCGCGGCGGAGAGGAAGGGUGACGAGGCGGUAGGCGCGGGCCUGACAGCCAGCGGGGGGCAGGGCAAGGCAUCCGGACAGCUGCACCUGAAAGGCGAGGAGCAGAAGAAACGAAACAAGAAGAAACUGCCGGAGAAGACGGCUCGGCCUAAUGGACGGUCUUUCCUUGAUGUAUCUGAGAAUGAUGUAAUACAAACUGUCCGUAAAGAAAAUGCAAAGCAGCCUGUGGACACAGAAAAGAAGAAUGAAAAGUCAAAGAAAAAAAAGAAAUCAAAGGGAGAUGCUAAAACCAUUCAGGAUCCGUCACGUCAAGAUGGAAAGGAAGUUGAUGAAGGAGCCUGGGAGACAAAAAUCAGUAACAGAGAGAAGCGACAGCAGCGUAAGCGAGACAAGGGACUGACUGAUGGUGGCUCAGGAGAAUCAAAUCUUCAAGCAGUGGAAAACACAGUUUCUGUGUCUACUGAACAACUGAUACCAACACCAUCCCUUCCAGCUGGUCUCAGAAAAAAUAAAGGGGAUGCACUUCCGAAUGCACAAGUUAGCAGCUCUAAGCCUGCAAAGGGGGAGUCAUCCAUUCCACAAGUUUCUCCAGUAUUGGGUGAAAGCCAUACAGUAAAUGGAGGAAGCUGGAACGAGAAGUCCGUGAAAAUUGCCUCCCAGAUUGGUGUAGGGGAGGAGAAAUGGACGUCUGUUCCCUCAGCUGCAGCUGGGAAGAGGAAGACUGAGACAUCAGCUUGGGGCCAGGACACUGGAGACACCAAUGGAAAUGGAAAGGACUGGGGUGUAAGCCUGGUGGGCAGACCCUGGAAGGAACGUUCUUUGUUCACUCCUAUUGCUGCUUGGAAUGUGAAUUCAAGGAUUAAUACCUCUGAACAGAAUUCUACUUCUUUUUCUUCAUUUGGAUUAACUCCUGGAGUUUCUGGAUCCAACAAUGAACCAGUUUCUCAGGCUGGUGCUUCUGAUUUUCAGUGGGAUCUAAGUCAUGCUCAGCCACCUGUUGAUGAUGAAUGGUCUGGGUUAAAUGGACUUUCUUCAGCUGAUCCCAGCUCUGAUUGGAAUGCACCAGCAGAAGAGUGGGGAAACUGGGUAGAUGAAGAAAAAGUUGCUUCUGUUCCUCAACCUGAAGAGAUAUCUGAUGUUCAGAAGCCUUCAGAUAAUGAAAGAGAAAAAGCAGAGCCAGUUCUUCAGAGUUCUACAAGUGGCAAAUCCAAGAAAAAGAAGAAGAAAAAGAAGAAGCAGGGUGAAGAAGCUAACUCUCCUGCACAGGACACUGAAGAACUGGAUAGAGAAGCUGGAGAGGAAUUUCAGGAGGAUACCUCAAAAGUUCAACCACAGCAGGAAACAGCUUUUUCUCUGAAGACCAUAAGUACUAGUGAACCAGCUAAGCCUGAGGAGGUUCCUUCGCUUGCUGUUUCUACUGAGCCAUCUGUAAUUGUAUCAGAGAGCGGUUCUGACAAGAUCGCUUCCCAAGUGCCACAGAUGCUGCAAGAGACAGAUGUUUCUAAUCCCAAUAUUAAGCAAAACAGUGUGCCUCCUCCACAGACAAAGUCUGAAGAAAGCUGGGAAUCCCCCAAACAAGUUAAAAAGAAGAAAAAAGCAAGAAGGGAAACGUGAAUUUCCUGGGUUGGACGUGUGUUGCUGAAUACUGUCAUGAAGAUUAUGCUGUUUAUGCAAUAAUUUGUGAACAUGUACAGAAUUUUAUAUAAAUUUCAAACAAUUUUUAAAAACAGAACUGCUGUGAACACAAACAUCUUUAAAAAAGGAAUCAAAGGAAAGUAACUAGAGCAAACAGAACAUGCUACAUUUGAAAGACAUUCUGAAGAGUCUGUUUUUCCAACUUUUGGAGAGAGAUCUUAAUUUUAAAAAAACAAACUGGUUUUACAACACAGUGCCCUGUUUACAACAGAUUAUACUUUCAUCUACAGCUGCGGAUAAAAGAUUUAAUUUCAAGGAAGGGAUUUCUGUAAAAAUAAUUGUCUGUACUAUAGUGGGUGUUUCUUGCCUCUCUUUUGAGUGAUGCAUUAGAAGCACAGAAUGUCAACCAUUUGAAUUUGUUUCAUGCCUAAAUCAAAGUGCUUUGAUUAAAUACAUAAUCUGCCAUAUCUUUACAGUAAGGUGGUUAGCAGGUCUGCUAGCUGUUACAGGAAUGACAACUGCAAAUCAUUAACCAUUUGUACAGUCAGACCUUCAUGGUUUAUCAUAUGAAGUUAACACAAUAAAACUGCUUUGGGUUAAAAGUUUGAGAAUGUGAUUUGAAACUUGAGUAUGGUUCAUGAAGUUAUUUUUGAUAAUGUCUGUUACCUUACUUGAAUUGUUGAAGAUAACAGUAUAUUUUUAAGACUGCAGUUAUGUGCAUAAAUUUUAUUUUCUCCUCCAUUCCCUACAGUUCUUGGUUGGUUCAGACUCCCACCUUAAACUGUGUCCUUUUUUACUUUUAAACCAUGGAAGGAGGUUAAACUUUUUUACUUUUUAACUUCCCAUACCCAGUUCUGUUCUUCUAUACCCAAUUCUGUUCUGUUCUCUUAUAACUGAAACUCUAAAGAAAGCAAAGUGAACCUUUUUCACUCAAAAAUUGUUUGGGAUUUCAGAGAUCUGUUGGAGAACUGGAGUGGCUUCAGACAGCUUUAAUUGACAUUGUCAAGACCAGUUAUCAGGAACACAUUUUUUUACUGCCUUAACCUGUAGUAUGUAGAAUGUGUCUAGACUUCUGGACAGAAGUUAGUGUUUUUAUAUUAAAAAAAAAAAAAUCUCAUGCAAGUAUAGCAGUUGUAAAAUAAAGACCAUUUCCCGCUUGAAACUGUUAAUUAAAAUGAUGUUUAAGAUGUGUUGUCAUUUUCAGGCACUGUGUAAUUACAUGGUAUCAAACUGGCAAAUGUGUUUGUGUCUGUAAGGUGCAUGCUCAGCCAUGUACACUGUAAAUAGCCUUUCCAAAAAUUUGUUUGAUAGGGGUGUUAAUUAACAUCACCCAGUAAAUUCAGCUAAAGAUGAGCCAAGAUGGGUUUUUUUACAAUAAAUUACUUCUGGGUUUGUGGUGCAAAUGGAAUUGUUAACAGCUGUAAAACAUGGUACUGAUUAACAACCUUGUACUGUCUGACUGUACUUGACUGCAGCUCAACAGUAUUGCAAGGCAAGAAUAGUUAAUGUGGCAAGCUGGUUUUAAUUGUACUGGAAAUGCACCUUUCUAAUAGAGAGCUUUCCUAAUAAAUGGAUAUACUAACUUGCACAGGUCUUAACCCCUGUGUAUCAGGAACAUGUGACACUCUAAAACAGUUUGCUAAAAUAAAUUGAGCAUAUUGUCAGUAUUGAUUUAUUUACUGUGAGGGAGUAAUGCCUGAGACUGAUACCUGUCAAGUUUCUUGUAAAAUAAAUGUAGAACUGAAA